GACUCUUGCCCGCACUCGGCAUGGCGGCCAAGGGGGCCCGGCAGCGGCCUCGGUGGGGAGCCGGGGAUGCGGCUGCUGCCUCCGCUGCCCGGCCGCGAGAGGAGGCGACCCCGCCGGCCCCUGAGGAGACCAAAGCCGAGCCGUCUGGGAGCAAAGCAGGGCAUGUCUGGGCCCCUGAAGGAUCAACAGCUUUCAAGUGUCUAAUCUCGGCCAGGUUUUGUGCUGCCCUGCUGAGUAACAUCUCUGACUGCGAUGAGACAUUUAACUACUGGGAACCUAUGCACUACCUCGUUUACGGUAAAGGCUUCCAGACAUGGGAAUACUCGCCCAUCUACGCGAUCCGCUCCUACGCAUACUUGUGGCUCCACGCCUUACCAGCCUUGUUCCACGCCAGAGUUCUGCAAACAAACAAGGUUCUCAUCUUCUAUUUCCUGCGCUGCCUUCUGGCCUUCCUGAGUUGUGUUUGUGAGCUUUAUUUUUAUAAGGCAGUGUGCAAGAAAUUCGGGCUGCAUGUGAGCCGUCUCAUGUUGGCUUUCUUGGUACUCAGUACUGGGAUGUUCUGCUCAGCAGCUGCCUUCCUCCCCAGCAGCUUCUGCAUGUACAGCACAGUAAUAGCAAUGACUGGGUGGUACAUGGAUAAAAUCUCUCUGGCAGUCCUGGGCGUGGCUGCUGGAGCCAUCGUGGGCUGGCCGUUCAGUGCUGCACUUGGGCUUCCAAUUGCCUUUGACUUCCUGAUCCUGAAAAAAAGGUGGAAGAGCUUCCUGAGGUGGUCUCUUGUGGCACUGGUGGUGUUCUUGGGCCCCCUGGUGGCUGUUGACAGUUAUCACUACGGGAAGCUGGUGAUUGCUCCGCUCAACAUUGUCGUGUAUAAUGUCUUCACGCCGCAUGGACCAGACCUUUAUGGUACGGAGCCCUGGUCCUUCUACUUUGUGAACGGCUUCUUGAACUUCAACGUGGCUUUUGCCCUGGCGCUCCUGGCCUUGCCGUUGACGUCCCUCAUGGAAAGCCUGCUGCAGAAAUUCCAUGUUCAGAAUCUGGGCCGCCCUUACUGGCUGACGCUUUCUCCCAUGUACAUCUGGAUCCUGGUCUUCUUCAGCCAGCCUCACAAAGAGGAGAGGUUUCUGUACCCCAUCUACCCCCUUAUUUGUCUCUGUGGAGCUGUGGGACUCUCUGCCCUCCAGAAAUGUUACCACUUCAUAUUCCAGCGCUAUCGUCUGGAGCACUACACGGUCUCUUCGAACUGGCUGGCGCUGGGCAUAGUCUUUGUCUUCGGGCUCCUGUCCUUGUCGCGUUCCGUGGCUUUGUUCAGAGGCUACCAUGGCCCUCUUGACCUGUACCCAGAAUUCCACAGGAUCGCCACUGACCCAACCAUCCAUACGGUGCCAGAGGGGAGGCCGGUUCACGUCUGCGUAGGGAAGGAAUGGUACCGGUUCCCCAGUAGCUUCCUCCUGCCAGAGAAUUGGCAGCUUCAGUUCAUUCCCUCAGAAUUCAGGGGACAGCUGCCAAAACCGUUUGCCAAGGGACCAGCAGCCACACGCCUCAUUCCGACGGACAUGAAUGACCAAAACCGGGAAGAGCCCUCCAGAUACUUUGACAUUUCCAAAUGCCACUACCUGGUGGAUUUAGACACCCCAACCGAGGCGCCCAGGGAGCCGAGGUACGCAGCUAACAAAGACGAAUGGAUCAGUAUCGCUUACAAGCCCUUCCUGGAUAGUUCGAGGUCUUCAAAGUUGUUUCGGGCCUUUUAUGUCCCCUUCCUCUCUGAUCAACAUACCACAUACAUGAACUACACCAUCCUGAAGGCCCGGCGCUUGAAGCAAGUCAGGAAAAAAACUGGAGGCUAGAGCCUCCCAGGACCCAAAGAGAACCAGCCAGAGAAACUGGCUUCUGCUUCAGGUUUCGUAAUCCCACCCGUCCACCCCUAUUUUUGUAAGUGCGGCACGGGGUGGUGGCGGUGAGGAAAAACGUGCUUGUGAAGGUUUCCCGUUUUUGGCUGGCUGUUUUGCAAAGAUAUUAAGGAGACUCGACCUGCCGUUGUUUGGAGUUCUGUGCUUUACUUCAACCGACCAAUCCCUGGUCUCUCUUGCUGAGGAGUUGACAGGAGCAGAAAGCGCUGUCUGUGAAGAAUGGCCCUGGCCCUGGCUACGGCCUGGCUGCAAGAUAGCACCGUGUUCUGGGCCUUUCAGCAUUUCCCCUCCACCGCAGAACAUCCUGCCUUCCCCGGAGGGAGUGGUGUGUGUGUGUGUGUGUGUGUGUUUUCCAGAGGCCUUUUUGGAGAGAGAAUGCAGCAGCAGCAGGAAUGCAAAUGCUGCCGCGUCGGUCUACAGGGGAAACAGCCCUCUUCGACUCAGCGUGAGCAGGAAUAACUUGCACUUUCGAAAACUGUGACUUUUGUUAGUGGACCGUGACUUCUGUGUGAGUGGGUUUUUAUUUUAAAGACCUCCAUCGUCUUUGUUGUCGGCUGCUGCCAAAUCGCCGGUUUUUAGAAGCUUGCUUUUUACUCUUAUUUAUAUCUUAGGCUCUUCGUGAAAUGUCUGACCUCAUAGCAUUCCUAAAUUUACAAAGAAGCGGAAAAGAGAGCUCUCCUUUUUGCUACACACCCUUUGCUGUUUCAUUUGGCUUUACUGUACGAUAAGGCUGUCUUUGGUGUUUAUUAAAAAAUUGGCUUUGGCCUCUCCAAA